AUGGCUGUGCAAGAUGAGGAGGAGGAUGCGGAGGGGGCAUGGCUGCUUGGAGAGGGGCAGGAGGGGCCGGCACCUUUGCAAUGCCGCGUGACCACCUCAGCCCUGUGGCUGAGACUUGCGCUGCUGGCGGCGCUCUGCCUGCUGGCCGUGGGAGGUGUGGUGGCCCUUACUGUUCAAGGCUCAUCUGAGCAGCCAAGCCGCUUCAGACACGAGCUUCUUCGAAAGUACGAGAAGUUGGACCACGAGAGCCAGGAGAGUCACGAGAGUCACUACGAUGUCGGGCCGGCCAGCCUGCUCUGGCAGUGCGUGUCAGGCUCCGUCCCUGCUGCCUGCAACACUUCGUUUGCCAGCACCUUUGUCACCUUGCUCCUAGCGGCUCUGCUGUGCCUCUGUCUAGGUGCUCUCAAUUUCUAUGCAAACCAGGCACCACAGGAGCUUUCGCAGGUCAGUGAGGAGCUCAGGCUUAUGAGGCACUUGGUGUUUUUGGCCCAUGAGAUGAAGUCUGGUGAGUCGGAUGCUGAGUGCAAGCAGAAGAUGCAGAGAUCUUGGGACGCCACCGCAAUCGGUGACAAUCUCCAUCUUGUAGAUGAGCUUGCGAGGAUUAUGAAGCGCUAUCCUAGUUUCCGCUUUCGUCUGAAGGGCAUCUCGUAUGGAAGUGGCGAGGUCAGCCAGCGCACUGAGUCAGCCUUCUACCACGACUUUCACGAGGACUUCCCGAAAGAGAGGAUGGACUGGGUGCAGCCCUAUGCCCAUGCUCGGGCCCUCAGCCUGAAGAGGCUACUAGUUCGACGUGGCAUCCACCAGGAUCGCCUGCAGACGAUGGUUCAGGGGGGGGAGGCGAACACGGUCGUCGUGGAAGCCUUCCGGUAG